UUCUUGUUUGGGGGGAAAUAGAAGCAGGGGCCUGGGUGCAUGGGAGGGGGCGUUUUGUACACACUCAGUUGACAGAAACAUUCCUGGUGUCUUUAAGUGAUGUACGUUUACUUGGAAUAACAGCUUAGUUUAAGUGAAUACUUGCAGAUAAAUAUUCAGUUGGUAAAACUGACUCCAAAUCGUGCGUAAAGUUUGACAACCGUUUUGGAUAAUGUGGCAGUGUUGCUUUUUGGUGCUUGUUGGCGCGGUGGCAGUGAGCGCUCAGUUCCCCAGAGAGUGCGUAACACCCGAGGGACUCAGGAGUGGACAGUGUUGUCCGUCACCUUCCGGCCUGAACAACGACCCGUGUGGCUCCAGUACGGGGCGCGGACAGUGUGUAUCCAUAUCGGUGGAUGCGCGCCCACACGGCCCUCAGUACCCGCACGACGGACGGGAUGACCGGGAACGAUGGCCAGUCCGUUUCUUCAACCGCACAUGUCAGUGUAAUGGAAACUUCAGUGGUUAUAACUGCGGACGCUGCAGACACGGAUGGACUGGGGCCAACUGUGACCAGAGAGUUUCUGUUGUAAGGAGAAACGUGAUGCAGCUCAGUGCGGACGAGAAGCGUGCGUUCGUGAACGCGCUGGAUCAGGCCAAGCGCACGGUGCACCCCGACCUGGUGAUAGCCAGUCGGCGCUAUCCGGAGAUCUUCGGGCCUGACGGGAACACCAUGCAGUUCGAAAACAUCACCAUCUACAAUUACUUCGUGUGGACGCAUUAUUACUCUGUCAGCAAGACGUUUCUGGGGGCUGGGCAGGCCAGUUUUGGAGGAGUGGACUUCUCACACGAGGGGCCCGGUUUCGUCACUUGGCACAGGUACCACCUGUUGCAGCUGGAGCGAGACAUGCAGGACAUGCUCCAAGACCCCUCCUUCGCCCUGCCCUACUGGAACUUUGCCAUUGGUGGUAACACAUGUGACAUCUGCACAGAUGACCUGAUGGGAGCCAGGAGCAGCUUUGACAUGAACUCGCUGAGCCCCAACUCUAUCUUCUCCCAGUGGAGAGUCGUCUGUGAGAGUGUAAAUGACUAUGACACACUGGGAACCAUCUGCAACAGCACUGAGACUUCUCCCAUCAGAAGGAACCCAGCAGGAAACGUCAACAGGCCGAUGGUCCAACGUCUCCCUGAGCCUCAGGAUGUGGCAGACUGUCUGCAGGUUAACGCUUUUGACACACCACCCUACUACUCCACCUCUUCUGAAAGCUUCAGAAACACAAUUGAAGGUUAUAGUGCCCCCCAGGGAAACUAUGACCCCGUUGUAAGGAGCCUGCACAACCUGGCCCAUCUGUUCUUGAAUGGGACUGGAGGACAGACCCACCUCUCACCCAACGACCCCAUCUUUGUCCUGCUCCACACCUACACUGAUGCCAUAUUUGAUGAAUGGUUGAGGAGACACGGUCCAGAAUCACCUGUUUAUCCAGAAGAAAACGCUCCUAUUGGUCAUAACAGGGGCUACAACAUGGUGCCUUUCUGGCCCCCAGUUACUAACGCUGAGAUGUUUGUGGUCGCCCCUGAAAAUCUUGGUUAUUCUUAUGAAGCUGAAUGGCCAGGUCAAGCUUUCACUCUGACUGAAAUCAUCACCAUGGCAAUAGUUGCUGCCCUUGUGAUCGUUGCAGUCAUUUUCGCUGCCACCACAUGUGCCGUGCGUGCCAGAUCGUACAAUAUGGAAGGCCACCAGCCUCUGCUCGGGGAUCAGUACCAGCGCUACGACGAUGACAAAAGCCAAUCUGUAGUCUAAGAUCAACAUUCAAACAUCCAGCCUCACCUAUGUGCUGCUUCUCUUUACUUUUACAGUGACUACAGCUAUGCAAUUUGGUAAAGCCUGAAUCUGUUCUCACUAAAGAACAUGUGUAGAUCAUUGAAUGCUACAAGGUGAUAGAAAGUAAUCUUUUGGUUACAUUCAUGUCCCUAUAUCAAAAGCUGGUACAGUUUUUUUUUUCCUACAAAUAGUACGGACAUGAACAAUUUACUUUUACAUUUCACCAAUGGACAUAAGGCACUCAUCUAAGUAUUCUAAGUAUCCAUUUUGUGAUGGAAACGUAAAAAAAAAAAAAUGCAGUACCCUUUGAUGGUGCAGCUUUGCAAAAAUUGUCAGGAUCAUAUCUUCACAAUUUUCAGGUUUCGGGAAAAUUUGAAAAUGGAAAAUGUGUUCAAAUAAACUGAACAUGAACAAACCAAUUGUUGGCGUGAUAGUGAUGCCACCAGGUGGUGCUAAACUCCGAUUCUUGUCAGUCCUUUAAAAUGACGUUCCAGUGUCAGCAGAGUUAUGUAAGUCUGUCAAAUAUUUGAUGAUUCACUUCAGAGGUGAUCAAGUAUGAAGCAUUCAGAUUCUGACAAGAGAUUAAGGAUGUUCUGUAACUUUGUGAAUACAUUUAAAGUAAAAUAAGGUAAAAGAUGCAAAUCAGGCAAAACAUGAAGUUACAAUCUACCAAUUCUACCUUGUUUAUAGGUAACAUCACUGUCUGUUUUUCUGCUAUUAUUGAACAGCUAUAAAAUACACUGCCCAUGUCUAAUAGAGCCUUAACGCCCACAAGGGGGUGCAAUAGUUCAAUCUUAAGCAUAUAUGCUUUUAGUUGAUUUUUAUUAUGUAUUUAGAUAAAUUAAUCCCCAUAAUCUGAAAUAUUGAGUUGUAAAUUAGUGAAAACUUAAGAGAAAAUAAAAGAAAAACAACAGGGGUGGUAAUUUAGAAGAUAUGCAGCCACAGUCAUCCAGAGUGUCAACAGGUUGUAAUCCUGAGAUCUAACUGAUCUGUGUAUUCUUACAGCUUUCUUUUUCUUUUUCUGUCUUUUUUUUUUUAACUGAAUUGAUGUGAAAAGGUCAUUAAAGCUUUUUCUGUUUUUACUUUUUUAAGUGUUCCAAAAAUGUUGGAUCUGGGUGUUUGCCAAAUUAUUUAAUUGAUUAAAUGUUCUGUUGUGGUCUGCUGGACUUUACACUGACACCAGAUGUCUACUAUGCACUGAAACACAUGUGUGAUUAAAACAUCUAAAAACAUAUGAGAAAUAUAUUUAUUCACUCAUCAAAUUGCAAUAUAUUGUAAUGUAAUGACACGUGCAACUGUCUCUUCAUGAUUUUUCAUGUAUUUUUUUUAUAAUGUGCAGACA